AUGGAAGUCAAUCCUGUUAGUUUGAGAAAGGACACAAAUUCCGAAGAUAGCGAUGUGGAAUAUGAGCCCGCAAGUGGUCCUACUUCUUUGCAUGUUGAGAGUGACAUUAAAUUAAAGGAAGAUUCACACUCUGAUUCUCUAGAGAUAAAUCAACAGGAAAAUCAGAUAAAUGCUAAUGACCUAGAGAGCAAUCUUAUUAACCACGCCAACCCUGAUGGCCCGAACAAAGUUAUAGAAGAUUCCAAUGACAUUGAGCCCAACAGUGAGAUACAAAUGGAGCCAGAUAACGUUUCACAUCUGAAAUUGGAAGAAUUUAAAAAUGAACCGAAGACCGAGUCUUUUAUCCCGGAUGAAUUGAAUGCGGAUUAUUGUGACGGAUAUGAGCAAAGAAAAAUGCAAGCAGCUUCUGAAAAUGACGACGACGUUUAUGAACCAGAUCUACCAACAUCCGGUGCGGAGAAUUCUGCGCAAGAGUCAGUAGACGACUCUAUUAAAUCAGACAGCGAGACCUAUCAACCUCAAGCGCAAGCUAACGACGAAGAUGAUUAUGACCCUGAAGUUGAACAAAAGCCAGUGGGUCCACCAUCUUUGCCUAGCAGACCACCUACAGGAUUGCCUCCUAAGCCAUUACAGACAGCCAAGUCUGUACCCUCUACUGCCCCAAUCAAUGCGCUGGGAGAGAUGGCAGAGGUAUUACGCGAUGCUUAUAACGUCUACAUGCAAAGCGAUUUUGCCAAUGACCCCGAAUUCCUGCAAAUGCCUCAGGAAGAACAAGUCAAAUCGAUUCAAGGACUUUUAAAUGAGCGUGGAAUUGACUUGAGUAAAAUAAAUUACGACCAGGUAUACUCUUACAAUAAACCCUUUAAACAGUUAAAGGAUCCAAUCCCUUUGGUUCCAGUCAGCGAGUUCUGUCGUCGACCAAACAUUACCGUACCCCUGACGCUUAAAGAGGAGAAAGAAUAUGAAGAGUUCAUUGAAAGGGAGAACUAUUAUAUGGAUUUGCAGAACUGGGACGAAUUUCCCGACAAGCUGAGAUUAUUUGUGGGAAACUUACCAGCAAACACUAUAUCUAAACAGGAUUUGUUCCGGAUAUUCAAGCAAUAUGGGGAGGUAAUUCAAAUAGCUAUCAAAGCUGGAUACGGUUUUAUCCAAUUUAGAACCGCUGAAGCUUGUUUAGCUUGUGUUGAGGGAGAGACAGAUGUGCCCUUGCAUAAUAAAGUGUUGAGGUUAGAUGCUUCAAAGCCACAAAAGUCUAGGAGGCCUGGACGCCCUGAAGUAAAUAAUCCCAAUUUGAGUUCACGCGGAAGAGAAAGGCCCUCCGAGGAUGAGCCUGUAACAAAGAAAAGAAAGGGUAAUACAGACUGUAUCGUUUACAUCACGGGAAAAUCGUCGGUAUUUUUCAUAAGACAAGUUAAAAAGGCGUUUGCUAAAUGUCAAGUACUGAUUGAUACUGAAGAUGUGACGCAGAAAAACAUCACUGAAGUACUCAGUGAAGCCGCGUACUCGGGAUUUUUAGGUGCUUGUGUUAUCAAAGAGCACAAGGUUGAUGUUCAAACCUAUGAAGAGCAACUAAAUGGAGGCAUCAAGUUUGAUGAGUAUGCAGAUAUAGACCCAGAAGAGGCGGCUGAAGUUAUGGCAAAAGCCAAGUUAACCAAAUAUGGCGGUAAUCCACCCCAUUAUUAUCCUCAAGACACCAGCUACCAUGAGAAUACCCACGACAGGGGUAAUAGGCAACAUUACUAUGACAGGAACAAAGGAAAUUUCAGUAGAAAUAAUAGGCGGGGUAAAGGAAGACAUGGCCAUCAAAAUAAUUCUAGAUUCAAUCACGAUAACUACAGUCGUUAUAAAAACAACUACUCACAGCAGCCUUGGCCAGACUCCAAUCAGCACCAACAGUUUCCCCCACCUCAGCAACAAGUUUACGACCAAGUUCCUCAAACUCAAUUCUCUCCAUUUAACCGACUGCAACAACCACAAGCGCAAUUUAAUUCUCCGUAUGGUUUUCAGCACCAACAACAACCCGUUUUCAACCAAUUUUCUUCUCCACAUCAACCUCCAUUGAACUUGAACCAACCAAAUCUUGCCCAAGCUUUGCAAUCGCUUGACGCAAAUCAAGUGCAGAGUAUGAUCAGUCUCUUACAGCAGCAACCAAUUCAACCAGGGAUACCACCUGCCUCCUUUCCUUCGCAAAACCAACCUCCGGCUGUACCAGUACCAGCAUCAGCACAGGCUUCUUCACCCGCAGCAUAUGGACAGCCAUCUCCUUUAAACUACAGCGAUCGAGGUCGUAGAAGGAUUCCUAAUUAUGGAUCUGGGAAUCGCCCUUACGGCAAUGUUCCGCAACCUCACCAAAACCCUUCUCAAGGAUUUAAUACGGGUCAGCAACCAGAUUCUGGGCCCAGUGUCUUACUUUCUCAAUUACAGUCAGGUAACUACAACCAGGCUAGAAACUCACAACAACUGAGUUCAAAUAGUGCACUCAUGGAAACAUUACAGAAAUUAGCCAGAAGAUAG